AUGCCAUGUUCAUGUGCUGAGUGGAGGAGGUGGAUCCGCCCUCUGGUUCUGGUUCUUUACGCCCUUCUGCUGGUGGCUGUCGUGCCGCUCUGCAUCUGGGAGCUGCAGAAAGACAAGGUACACACACUUUAUUAUCUUAUUAUCACCUCCACCUGAACAUUACAUGUCUCCAACCACACACAGACCUUUCACCGUGAACACGACAUUAACCUUUAAACGGUCACAUCUGGCCGCCUCUGUCUGUUUCUGCAGGUCGGGACUCACAGUAAAGCCUGGUUCAUCGCCGGAGUCUUCGUUUUUCUGACCAUCCCCAUCUCUCUAUGGGGGAUCCUGCAGCACAUCGUUCACUUCACCCAGCCUGAGCUGCAGAGGCCCAUCAUCAGGUGGACACACAACCACAAACACAUGUUUAACUUUAGAGGGGAUAGUUCUCUUUAGUCAGGGAAUAAUAAAUAUUCACAAACACAAACCAAAACCACAACAGUUCCUUAAAAUGACCCCCGCUGUGUCUCCAUCUGUCUCUACCAGGAUACUUUGGAUGGUCCCGAUCUACAGUCUGGACAGUGUGAGUCAUCAUCAUCACACACACACACACGCUCAUACACUUACACACUUACAGGAAGCUUUCUAUUACAUUAGUUGCCAUGGUAGCGGCCUUAAUUGGAGAUGAUAGGAGAGUGUGAGAGGCACAGAGGUCAUGUUACACACACACACACACACACUGAUUUUGUCAUGUCCUUGUCUUGUCAUUUUUCUUCUUUCCGUCCCUUUUUGAUCAGAUUUCUUUCCCUUUCCUAGAGAUCUGUUUUUCUUUUUUCUACGUUUUUGUCUCUCUUUUCUGGUCUUUCUUUUUCUGUGUUUUUAUCUUUCCUUUUGUCUUUUCUCUUCAUUUUGUUUUUCCUUUAUUCUAUCUUCUCAUUUCAUCCAUUGUCUGUUAAUAAUUCUUAACCGAGGAGUUAUCUGUCCGGGGCUUUUUGCCCCUGGUACGGUCUCCCAAAGCAGAUUGGUCCUAGGUGAAGGGUCAGACUAAGAACGGUUCAGAAGACCCUCAUGAAAAAGAACACAGGGAAACAGUGUACCCGGUCCGGAGGGACACCGGGGCCCCACCCUGGAGCCAGGCCUGGGGUUGGGGCCCACUGGCAAGCGCCUGGUGGCCAGGCCUGCACCCAUGGGGCUGGGCUCAGCCCGAACGAGCCACAUGGGCACUGCCUCCUGUGGAGCCACCACCCACCAUGAGGAACUUGAAGUGCUUGAUGGACUGGGCGGUGGACCAAGGCGGGGGCCUUGGCGGUCUGAUCCUCAGUUAUGGAAACUGGCUCUUGGAACAUGGAACGUCACCUCUCUGGUGGGGAAGGAGCUGGAGCUUGUGGGGGAGGUUGAGCAUUAUUGACUAGAUAUAGUCGUCUCACCUCUACACAUAGUGUUGGUUCUGGAACCCAAGUCCUUGAGAGGGGUUGGACACUCUUUCACACUGGAGUUGCUCUGGGUGCUAGGUGGAGUUUGCUCGCCCCAAGACUUGCCGCUGGGACUCUGGGGUUUUCUCGGCUGGACGAAAGGGUUGCUUCCCUACGCCUCCUGGUCGGGGAACGGGUCCUGACUGUUGUCUUUGCGUAUGCACCGAGUAACAGUUCUGAGUACCCACCCUUUUUGGUGACCCAAGGACGGACGCUAGACAGUGCCCCGACUGGGGACUCCAUUGUUCUGCUGGGAGACUUCAACGCUCACGUUGGCAUUGACAGCAAGACCUGGAGGGGUCUGUCAGCAGUGAUGCCGACACUUAACCAAAACCACAGCCCUCAGUGACGAUCCGCGGAAGUGUCGUAUCAAUAAAAAUCAUACUUUCAACAAAUAUAUUUUGGCUCCUACACUUUCUUUGUUCUUUUAUUCCAUCAAUUUUUUGUCCUCAAUUAUUUUUGUCCUUUUAUCAUGUAACUCCUAAAUGUAAAUUUCUUCCACAUAUUCAGAGCUCUCUCUCUUCCUCCCCCCUGUCCCUCCAUUUAGUGGUUGGCGUUGCGUUAUCCCAGUCUGGCGAUCUACGUGGACACCUGCAGGGAGUGCUAUGAAGCCUACGUCAUCUACAACUUCCUGGUCUUCCUCCUGAACUUCCUCAGUAACCAGUACCCCAGUCUGGUAAUGAUGCUGGAGGUCCAGCAGCAGCAGCCUCACCUGCCCCCCCUCUGCUGCUGCCCGCCGUGGCCCAUGGGAGAGUAAGAGGCAGUACACGGCAUUAUUUCACGACGAUGAUGGCGGUGUGACGGGGCGAUGGUUCAGUGUUUGUAUUUCUCUCUCUCUCAGGGUGCUGCUCUUCAGGUGUAAACUGGGAGUCCUUCAGUACACUGUGGUCAGACCUGUUACCACGGUGAUAGCACUGUAAGUUCCCUGCUGUAACCAUGGUGAUCGCUCUCACUGUUCAGACUCAUAAGUGAACUUCUGCUCCCUGUGUGCAGGAUCUGUCAGCUCUGUGGGGUUUACGAUGAAGCAAACUUCAGCUUCAGAAACGCCUGGUCCUACCUCGUCAUCAUCAACAACAUAUCACAGCUGGUAAACACUAAUGAUGACAAAAUGAUUCGACAAUGACGAGCUCUUUGAGAUCAUAGAGUUUGUAAAUAAGUCUCUUCAUGCUCUUGAGUAUUCCUCCUCUCUACCUCAUUUCCUCCCCAGUUUGCCAUGUACUGCCUGGUGCUACUUUAUCGAGCCCUCAAAGAAGAGCUGACUCCCAUCAGGCCUGUGGGCAAGUUCCUCUGCGUCAAACUGGUGGUGUUUGUCUCCUUCUGGUGAGGAAUGGAAGCCGUCCUUCUUUACUGUCAUUGAGAUGAAAAUCCAAACCCAUUUUGGACUAAUAUUCCUUAAUUUAAAACAAGUAUCUCCCUCUGCGCGUCUUCAGGCAGGCGGUGCUGAUCGCCUUCCUGGUUAAAGUGGGCUUCAUCUCUGACAAACACACCUGGGACUGGGACAGUGUGGAGGCCGUGGCGACUGGACUUCAGGUAAACAGAUUUAAAAACCAUUAAAUUCAUAUUCAGAUGUUUUUGUUUGAAUCAAGAGUUGAAGCUGUUUUUUUUUCCUCCAUGUGUACAGGACUUCAUCAUCUGCAUAGAGAUGUUCCUGGCUGCCAUUGCUCACCACUACACCUUCACCUACAAACCAUACGUUCAGGUGAUCUAUCUAUCUAGAUAUCUGGCUGAUUCAUAUCUCGGUGUUUCCACGUCUCUCUCUGUCUCUGAAGAAAACUAAAGUCGCUGUGCGGUACACUGGAAUAAGUCUGGGGUUGAUUGGAAGACAUGAAAUAACCGUUUUGAGUAAAUCAGCAACAAAUCGUUGACCUUCUGAGUACUAGUCACUGAAAAUACUGACAAUACUUUUCUCUCCACAAGGACAGAGGGCUUUAUUUUGAAUUUAAGGUUGUAGUACGGGUAAAAAAAUAAAUAAAAAUAAUGAAAGUCUUUGGUUCACCACUGUCAGUAGAAAAACGUCUCUAAAGGGAAACUUUUUCCUGUGCUCCAGGAGGCAGAGGAGGGCUCGUGUUUCGACAGCUUUCUGGCCAUGUGGGAUUUCUCUGAUAUCAGAGCCGACGUCACAGAGCAGGUCCGCCAUGCUGGUGAGUGUUUCUGUCAGACUAUUCACUAUUAAGAGAGUUAAAGCGAUUAAAAUGUCUGAUAUGCUAGGGCUACCGACACAGAACACGUGUUUGGUCGACAUCAUCCUUCUUGUAACCGAAAUAAUUCCAGAUAACUGACUUGCCUUUUCUUUUUAGCAACAACUACAAGUCUUCAUUUUCGGUGGUUUUCUCUUGUUCGUUGCUCAUUUUGCAAUCGUUGUUCUGCCGAGAAACACAUGUCCACCAAAACUGCAUUCACCUCGCAGAAACGUGCACCACUUAUAGCCUGUGGAAAUGUACAAUUUAAACCCCAUAAAAUUCAUAUUAGUUGAUGAGUAAUGUUCUGAAAGUAAUUCUCGGCGGGUAUGCGUUUCUCAGCACAACACCGGCAGUGCCAGUGACUCACUCAAUGAGCAGGGGCGUGGUUUCCUCCUCUCUGAUUUUGAUUGACGGCUGGCAGGGUAGUCUGAUUGACAACUGAGUAAAGUAUGAACGUGAUUGGUGGAUCGCUGCACAGCACAUUCAGUGUACGUCAGGCAGCUACCCUUGAAAUUAGAUGAGUUGAUUCGCCUCCAACAUCGCAGUGAUCUACACUGAGGAAGGUGGAGACUAUUCUAAAGGACAUGGAUAAUCCACGUCCAAACACCUCAAUGGACCAAAGGACCAAUGGUGGUGGACGGCUCCUCUCUCUUCGCUGCAGGACAGAAAGAUUCAGAAGAUCUUUUGUACCAACAGACAUCAGACUUUAUAACUCCUCUGUCAACAGUCGAUGACUUUUUGAGACACGACAAAUGAGACGACAGACCAUUGAAUUUCCCUUUGGGGGUUCAUAAAGUUCUUCUUACAUACAUUGCGAUGACGAUGCUCAAACGAUAUAUUGUGCAUCCUUCUAAAUACUGGUGAACAUCUAAACCCUCGUACCCCCUCCUCUCUCCUCAGGCCGUACCUUCCUUGGUCGUCCGAACAAGAUGUACUUCGGUACGGUGGCUCGACCCGAACACACCGAGCACACCGGCCUCCUCACCGCGACCUCUCAGGAUGCUAUCGCCGCGGCGGCCACAUCAAUGCCCUCCUCCCCUUCCUCCAGUGGGCGGUACCAGGGCUUAGGCCACACCCCCGCCCCGCACUCCAUCUCUGCGCCUGCUGGGUUCACGUCCUCAUCUUGGGAGGAGGACAGCGACAGUUCGCCACCUAAGACGGGCGACAACCCUGGAAGCACAUAA